AUGGGGUCCGUCUCCGAGGAGGAGAACGCCCAUGGCUCGAGGAAGAAGAAGAGGGAUCGAUUCGCAGAUUCUGCAGGUAUUUUGUUUCAUCAGACUGAUUCUUGAACGCUCCUGCGUUGUUCACCUCCUCUCUGAAAAGGGGCAGAGAUCUUCUCGGCUGCUACUUCACGAGAGCAGCCACGGGGAGGGUAUCAUUCAUCAGCCAUUGUUCAUAUGUGGGACUCACUUCUUCCGAUCUCUCUGCUGAGCUGAGCUGAGUUUCUUCGGGGAGCAUUUCUCUCCUGGAACCAUCGUUUAAGCCGCGCUUCUUCCUGCACAUAUCUUCUUGGUCGCGCAGGUGAGGAAGGGGGGGCUGCUGCUCCGAAGCUAUUGUUGGUCCUUGGAGACGAUCCAAAAUCCAGACGAAAACAGGGAGAAGUCAACCUCAGCUUCAAGGAACGUAGACCAAGACCUCAGUUUGAUCACUGUAAGGAUCGCAAAUACCAUCGAAUGGGGGAGACCCACUCCUGUUCAUAGACUGCAUGAUCUCGUUGACCUGCCGCCGUUUGUGAUUCCAGAUUCCAGUGGAUGUGGAUGGUGGGACUGCGACCGUGAAGGCGUCAACAGCGAAGAAGUGGGCUGCAAGGAGGUGUGGGAGGGAACGGGCUCCACCACUCUGGGAGGUCUGGAAUGGCACUGA